AUGAUGUUUUAUGGGCCUCUCGAGAAGUACCCAAUUUGUGGUGGUCAGCUUGAGUGCAAGGGGUGGAAAUACAAGUACACUGGCAAAUACAGUGAGUGGGCAAGCUGCAUUUUCAGCAGCAAUAGUCCUCCAAGGAAAUCUGAUCCUAUAAAGGUGCCGGAGGAUGUCAGCAAUGGUUUUUUCAACAAGUGGCUGAAGCAGCAAGAAGGGAAGGGGUACCCUAAGCGUGAUGUGGAUGAAGAGGCCCAUAUCUUCUCGGGCAUGAUGGUUGCGCUGUUUGGACGGAUGUCGCGCUCACACGCUUAUUUCAAGGAGCAGAUUCUGAACCAUGGAGGACAAGUGAAUAAUUCCGUGCUUGGUGUCACAUGUGUAGUUGCUUCUCCAGCUGAGAGAGACAAGGGAGGCUUAGCAGGAUUUGCUGAAGCACUGGAGCGCGGAACUCCUGUAGUGAGUGAGAACUGGAUAGUCGAUAGCAUUCAGAAGAAGGAAGCCCAGCCAUUGACUGCUUAUGAUAUUGUAUCAGAUGUUGUUCCGGAGGGCAGAGGACUGCCGCUGGACAAGCUUGAUCCAAGCGAGGAAGCCAUCGAGACUUUGGCGGUAGAGCUGAAACUUGCUGGAAAAAGAUCGGUGCACAAGGACUCUAAAAUGGGCAAAGACGGCAGGUGUAUCUUUGAGAAGGAUGACAUCAUCUACAAUUGUGCCUGUUCAAUUUGCGACUUAGGAUCCGAGACUAACCAGCUCUGCAUUAUGCAGCUGAUCAUGCUACCUGAAGAACACCUGCACCUUUUCUACAAGAAGGGUCCAAUUGGCCAUGAUCAUAUGGCAGAGGAACGAGUCGAGGAUUUUGGUAACCGUGUCAACGAUGCUAUCAAGGAAUUUGCCCGUCUGUUCAAGGAGGUUACUGGAAAUGAUUUCGAGCCAUGGGAGAGAGAAAACAAGUUUGAGAAGAAGAGUAUGAAGAUGUACCCCUUGGACAUGGAUGUUGGUUUCGAGGUGCGUCAUGGAGGUGCGUCACUUCGUCAGCUGGGAGCUGCAGCAGCACACUACAAGCUUGACCCUGCCAUUUAUGUUCUUCUAAAGCAAUUGUGCGGCCAAGAAAUAUACAGGUAUGCUUUGACAGAGAUGGCCCAGGAUCUACCUGACCUUCCUAUUGGGAUGCUUACAAAUGCCCAUUUGAAGAGAGUUGCCAAUAAGGAUGAGCUCAUGGUGAGAUUAUUUGCUGAAAUGGUAUUCGGUUCUAAGGCUAGCAUAAUAAGAAAUGAAGAUAUUAACCACAUUAUCAAUAGAGGAGAAGAGACAACAUCACAACCUAAUGCAAGAAAACUCCUCACAUUAGUUCCCAUGCUUUAA